AUGGCCUGGGUGCGGGGGUUAGGAUUUUGUAUUGGUGGGCUUGUUGUUGUCGCCGCCCUUUGGAUCAGCACCAUGACGACCGUCUUUGUGAACAAUCUGCCCUGGACAGCCACCAGCGAGGAUGUCAACCAGUUUGUCCAGGAUGCUGGCUUCUCCGGCCUCUUUGCCAAGGUGCUCAUGCGGUCCGAUGGUCGCUCCAAGGGCUGUGCCCUCCUCGAUUGCGGCAACGAGUCGCUCGCCCAAGCCGUGAUUGCCCGCUGCAACGGUGCCGAGUUCCUGGGCCGCCCUCUGCAGGUCCGACUCGAUCGCCCCCCACCACAACGCGAGCCCCAGGUGGCGCCCGCGGCCGCCGCUGCCCCCGCCAACCCCGGCUACUACAAGUAUUCGGGUGGCAACAAAACUAGCCUCACCCGUGCCUAUGGCGGUGAAGAGGGUAGCACCGUGUACGUCGGCAACCUGCCUUGGACCGUGACCUGGCAUGCUCUGAAGGACCACAUGCGUCAAGCCGGCGAGGUGGUGCACGCCGAGAUCCUUCGUGGCGGCGACGGUCGCUCCAAGGGCAGUGGCCUCGUCCGCUACGCGACGGCCCAGGAUGCUCAGACCGCCAUCUCCAUCCUCCAUGACAUGGAGCUUGAAGGCCGCAAGCUUGUGGUCCGUGAGGACCGUGAUGAGCUCAAGUACCGCAGCGGUGCGAGCGUGUAUGUCGGCAACCUCCCCUUUACCGUCUCGUGGCAGGUGCUCAAGGACUUUCUGCGCGCCCACGGCGAGGUCAUGCACGUUGACAUGCUGACCGCCCCAGAUGGUCGCUCCAAGGGCGCUGCGCUCGUUCGCUUUGCCAACCAGGCCGCGGCAGACAAUGCAUACCUGCGAUUCGCUGGCUCAUACCCGGCGCUUUGCUGUCGCUGCUGA